AUGGAUAAAGAAAAAAGAUUUAAAUUUGUGUGGAACCGAGAGAGUAUUAUUGCUUUAAUAGAGCUAUAUCGAACACAUUUUGUGCUUUACAAGACUAAAGAUCCUCAGUACCAUAACAAAACUAAAAGGCAAGAAGCUUUGGAGUCAAUCCGAAUGGAAUUAAAUGAAUUGAGUGAGUUUAUAUCCAGGCAAUGUCUUGAAAUAAAUGACAUUAAAGUUAAAAUAUGUACAUACUCUCAGAACCCAGAAUCUCAGUUGGAGCAAAGUACCCAAAGCCAAAUAGAGAUUGAGUAUGAAGAUGGGACAGUAUGCGAAGAAGGUAUCGAUGAUUUAUCUCAGAAUGUAACUGGUGAAACAAAUAAAUCUGAAGUGUCUGAAACAAUUAAAAUAAUUAAUGGACCUGGGCCGAUGGAAGAAACCCCAAAACAUGAAAAAACUUUUGUUUAUGAAGAAGUUGCCAGGUUUAUUGGUAAAGCUACAAAUAUGCUGUCAGAGAAAAAAGAAAAUGUAGCUCCAUCAGAUGAUAUUAAAGCUUUUAGCAGGACCAUUGCACAUGAGCUAAAAAAAAUUAAAAAAACUGAGAUCCUAAGGGGAAUUAAAAGAAAAAUAUUUUCAGAUAUUAUGGAUGCACAGGAUGCAGACAAUUAAGGGAAUUUGAAGGUGAAUUAAGGCAAACGUAA